CUUCAUAAACGUCAAGCUAUGUCUGGUAAAGCCACUUAUUAUGAAGUUGGUUUAGGUUCCUGUGGAGAAACAAAUACAGAUAGUGAGAUGGUUUGUGCUCUCUCUAUAGAUUUAAUGGGUAGUCAUGCUGGUAGUUCCUAUUGUGGUAGAUUUAUUACUAUAAAAUCUGGUUCUAAAUCAGUUAAAGUUAAAGUAGUUGAUACAUGUCCUGGUUGUGGUAGAGAAGAUAUUGAUUUAAGUCCCUCUGCAUUUAAAAAACUUGGUAAACUUGAACAAGGUGUUGUUCCUAUUACUUGG